GACUACAUUUCCUAGAAAAGUCUUUAAUAUACUUAAGGUGAUUUAUAGCCAACUCUUCUUGAUUAAGUAGGACCAAUGAAGUUUAGUGUGAGGCGGGACUUCCUCGCUGUUGAGACGCUGGUCCUCUGAGCUGUUUGGGAACGCGCGGCCUCUUGGCAAACUGCACGCAUUCCAAUCUGACGACGCCGCCCUGACGCGCGCGCUAGCGUAAACACGGACAGAAGCGAGAGCAACGCCGAGAGUCCCAGUGACACAUCACAUCUUUCGCAUUCCCGCGGGGUGCAGGUCGUCUCCUCGGCCCGGGCGGUGUGUCAGAGACCCGGGGUCCUGUUACCAGUGCUCGCGCUAAAAUUAGGGUUGCUUUGGGGCUGACGCAAGACAACUUUGUAGCAGCGGGGAACGAGGAUCCAUGGAAACGCUCCCUACACAUUCGCUGCUAUUGAUGACAGAGAUUAUUUUUGGACCGUGUUGUCAUCAUUCGGUAACAACGAGGCCAAGGCGUAUUGUAUAAAGGGAGGACGUUGAAAAUGCACUUGUACAGCAGCGCGUUAACACACUACCCCGGCUCCUCUCGGAAAGUUUCCGUAACUCUCACCAGUGUCGGCAAUAACGCAACAACGACAAGUUCGGGUUCUUUGGAGGUGGUCAGAAACGCCGUUAACGGAAGCGCCACAAUAGCUCACUCGGGCUAUUUGUCUGGAGGGGAACAGACUGAAGCGAACAUGCCUGCUUUUUCAUGUUAUGAGGCCACCUCGAUGAGGCCGGUUUUCUACACUUCCACCGCGGAGAUUAUCAUCACGCGACCGGAUGGUGUGGAGAGAUCUGUGCCUAUUCACAUCUCGAAGGAGCCGCGCACAAACCAUAGACCUCUGGAAACGCACUACAAACGGGUUUCCUACGCAGUUAACGGAGAUAAUCAUCAUCACCACUCUGAUUCCGUCUUGGACUUAGAUCCCAGAAGAGGCGUUUUUGAGGAUGGCAACGAUGAGAUAAGUGAGAAAAAAUCAAUUCUCUACGAUAGGUUUUUUGAUCAAGACAGUUACAGAGUUUGUGAGAGAAGACGCGAGCCAUGUUUAUUAAGUGAUGCCACACCCUCCAGAACUUUCGAAACCGCACAAAGACCCUCAUCUGAUUCAUCAGAAGCUCUUAAAGACCCCCAAAGGCAGGAAAGCAUCGAAGAUGACAAUCCGGUCUUUGAGCUGCGCAUCCUCCAGGAGCCCACAGUGACACCCAACAAAAGUGACGUUGACAACAAGGUUACCCGUUACUUGGCCGAAGUGGAGAAACAAAACAAAUACCUCCACGACAGGCAGAAAUACCGCUUUCACAUCAUCCCAGAUGGGAACUGCCUGUACCGGGCCAUUUCCAAGGCGGCUUAUGGGGACCAGUCAAGGCACAAGGAGCUGAGAGAGCAAACCAUGCACCACAUCGCCGACCACCUGGAGGAGUUCAACCCCAUCAUCGAAGGAGACGUCGGGGAGUUUCUGAUCAAUGCGGCCCAGGACGGUGCAUGGGCCGGCUAUCCAGAGCUGUUGGCCAUGAGUCAGAUGCUAAAUGUGAAUAUCUACUUGACCACUGGGGGUAGUGUGGAAAGCCCGACGGUAUCAACCAUGGUGCACUACCUGGGCGAAGAUGACUUGUCUAAACCGGCCAUAUGGUUGAGCUGGCUUAGUAACGGUCAUUAUGAUGUGCUGCUGGACAGUUGUCGGCCCAACCCGGAGUAUGACGACUGGUGCCGUCACACACAGGUGCAGCGCAAGAGGGACGAGGAGUUGGCCAAGUCCAUGGCGGCGUCCCUUUCCAAAAUGUACAUUGAGCAGAACGGUCUGCACUGAAACUCAAUCAGAGAAUGUACUGGGGAUACUGUAACUCAUUCUGAUGUUUCCAAAUGGAUUGCACUUUGAUUCCUCACGUGAUUAAAUAUUGCCUUAAUUUAUUACAUUUCUAUCUUUGUGUGUCUUCAUUUUUUUUCAUAAAUGUGUUGAAGUGCAGUGCACAAGAUGAUUUGUGGUGCGAAAUGUAAAAUAAGGACUUUUUGGGUCUGAGUGAAUGUUUCUUAGCUUUGAUUGCAUGUUUGUCUACAGAAUUUUAAGUCUUGUAUAUUUUUUCUGUUUAUUGUUUUGUAAUCUGUUAUGCAGAACUUUUCAUCCACCUGAAUGGAAUAUGUCGCACUUAUACAAACAUUUCCAGCAGUUCUUGUCAAUGUUUAUGUGUGUGUAUAUUUAUUCCCCUGUAGUCCAUUACCUGCACUGCUGUGUUAUACACUAAACUGAUGAUUCUCUUAUGUUCAAGUGCCUGAAAUCUAUUUUACAAAUAUGUAUUUUUGAAUAAAUUCUUUUGAAACAA